UUUCCAUUCGCAUUUCAUUUUGCAACUUGCAGCUAAAAGCCAAAUGAUCAUAAGUAAGGAAUUAAGGAUAUAUAACCCUUUUUCUUUGUGUCUUUGAAUUUUAUUGAAAACUAAUAUAUACUAGCUUCACAUAUAAAUAUAUAGUUGAGGACUGUAACGACUGUUUUUGUUAGUUAGACUAGCCAAAUUGCAUGGAGAGGAUAGCUGGCAAGAAGAUUUUUAACAUGCAAUUUGUGAGACUAAAAAAUAAAGUGUGUCACAUACAAUGAUACAUAAACUUUUUUGGUAAACAAACUUCUAGGGUUACGUACAUUUUUGGAAGUUGUGAUAUUGUCUUGGAGAUUGUACUUUUCUUUUACAGCUUCAUGCUAUUUCACUUUUAUUUAACAGUUCUGCGGAAAGACCAACAAGCAUAGAAAAUCAGAAAACUUAAAUAGUGUGGUGAUUAUUAAAAGAAAGAUAUAUAGGAAAUGGAGCUUCAGCAGCAAGUGAAUCUUGAGAUGCAACACAGUUAUAAUACCACCACCAACAACAACAAUAGCGUAAUUGCCAACUCUUUAACGCAUGAAUCCAGUAGUCAUCAAGGACCAUCUUUUGAUCAAUCAAAUUGGGGAGAUAUAAGUUUUCCUCAGUUCCAUCAUCAAUUAGAGGAUCAUCAUUUUCAAGUUCCAUUGCAUACCGAUAUGUUUCCUUUACACACUUGUUCAAUUUCCUUCACAAACACAAGUCAAUUUCCUUUACAUACAGCGGAUGGUGCCUCAACUUCAACUGCAAUCUAUGAUCCUUCUUUAUUUCCUUUGAAUCUUCCCCCAAAUCCCCCUUUAAUCAGAGAAUUAGUCCAUUCAACUUUUGGCUCUCUUUUUAAUGUUAUGGAGACAGAAGUGAGUGGUGAUUUGUACCAAGAUGCAGAGGAAGGAAAAAGUCCUUUCGAGAAUGGAAUUUUUGAGUUUUCUGCAGAUACGAGUUGUAUGACAAAAGAUAGGAACACUAAAGAGAUUAAACAUUUUGCUACUGAUAGGCAAAAGAGGGUGCAUUUGAAUGACAAGUACAAAGCUUUGAGAAGUUUGGUCCCUAACCCCACCAAGAAUGAUAGAGCAUCAAUUGUGGGGGAUACUAUUAUGUACAUCAAUGAGCUGAAGAGGACAGUAAAUGAGCUCAAAAUUCUGGUGGACAAGAAAAUGUGCUGCAGAGACAGAAUCAAGAGCGGUCCCAUGAAUAGUGCUGAUGUGAAGAUUAGGAAUGAAGUUGAUCAAUCUUCAUUAUGGCUUCAGAGGAAGUCCAACAAUACUGAAGUUGAUGUCCGGAUCGUGGACGAUGAAGUUACUGUCAAACUUGUCCAGCAGAAAAGAACCAAUUGUCUUCUCUUUGUAUCUAAGGUCCUAGAUGACCUUCAACUGGAUCUUCACCAUGUUGCUGGCGGACUUAUUGGCGAUUAUUACAGCUUUUUGUUUAACUCCAAGAUUUGUGAAGGAUCUGCAGUGUAUGCAAUUGCUAUAGCAAACAAGCUCAUUGAGAUUGUGGAUACUGAAAUUUCACCAUGUAAUACCACUUCUACUCCUUUACAAGAUCGUCAGAGGCUUCUAUGCAAAUGAAACCCAAGGUUACAUGAAUUGUACUGAGUUUCCUCUGUGUCAGUACAGGUGAUGAGUUCUUUAGGUCUCGAGUUCGAGCCCCUGGGCAUGGAGUCGCCUUUUUUAGGGAGCGCUUUACCCCCAAUGUGGGACUUCCCGGCGCGAAUCCGGAUUAGUCGGGCCCCAAUGUGGGUACCGGAUACCGGGUGAGAAAUCAAAAAAGAAGUUCUACAGAAGGAAUGGUUCUCUUGAAUUGAAUAGACAAAAUGAAAUGGCUGAAUGAGUUUAAUAUAAAAUGUAUCUGAUAAAAAGUGUUCUAUAGAAAAGAAUGAUUUCCAUAGCAACAUAUCUAACUUUAGUUUUUGCUAUGAGGAGUUUGUUGGUUAGUAUA